CGCAAGUGCCGAACCAAAUGUUGUUUCUAAAGACUUGCUCUUCCAAACUAACGUGGUAAUAAAAUAAUCUGGCUAGUAGUGACUAGUGAGCUGAACAUGGUUUGGGCCUCCAUUGUCAGUUCCUAAUUUUAAACAUUGUGCAAAAAAUUGCAAAUCAAUCGGUUAUGUUUUACGGGACUGACAAUUAAUUUACGGAUAGACGGACUUACAUAGUUACAUAAGCCCAUACUCGGGAAAUAAGUUCAUUGAAUUCUGAACCAUAUCAAAAUAGUUGCCAAUGACGUAUGUUUUAUCAAUUUAAAAAACAAAAUUGUCGAGCAAGACCGAAAAAAGCAUGCCUGGGAGAGUACUUUCCUUUAAGCUUCAUUCAGUUCAUAUUGGGAAAAAAUUAAUUGAGAGAACACAGCAAACUAAAGUUUAAAGUUUCGUUCUCCAAUACUUUUCAUGGCAUAAAAUAAAACGGGGGACACUUUUACUCUUUUUUACUCGACGUGUAAAAUUAAACAGAGAAUGGUUUUGCACUACACCGAAGCAAACCAAUAAUAACGUACAUAACGUAGCGAAAAUCUGUAACAAAUGAGGUUUUCCCCGUUUUACAAAAUUUCACUGAAGAGAACACUUCAAAAAUUUGCUGGGAGAACACUUCGAAAUUCUUGUAAGAAAUUCCAGGCAUGCUGCGCAGAUAAGAGAGAUCGAAAACGUCUCCAACACUGGUUCAUAAUCUCCCUCGUUAUCUAUGUCACCUACGUUGCGCAAUAUCUACUCUACACCAUUUGGAUAGUUUGGUCCCACGCCUAUGGGGCCGCGGUUUUCGGGGGCUACUGCAUUUACAAACUGUACGCGUUCUGGGUCCUUUUCUGCUACAUUUCUGAAGUAAAGUAUUACGGCGGGUUCAACUCUGCUCUGAGAGAACUUAGCGAUGAGGAGAUUGAAGGAUUUUUUCACGGCCAUCCCGCCAUCUCUCGGGAAGGUGAAGACCCCGCUGUUACAAAUAAGCCGUACAACUCCGAUCUGGAAAUCGCUUUCAACCGGAUUAAAAUAGAUGAGCGGAGCCCUCUAGGAAAUGGAGCUUUUGGGCGCGUUCUCAAAGCUGAACUUUUCUCGAAGCAGGGCGAUCCUUUUACAGAAGCGAGAAGUAUGAUUGUUGCUGUAAAGACGCUAAACGAAAAUGCGGACUUGAUCUAUUUCAAGGCAAUGCUGCUGGAAUUGAAAAUUUUGAGCUAUAUUGGAAGGCAUGAGAACGUGGUUAAUUUAGUGGGAGCAUGCACAGCUAUGCUGAAAGAAAGGAAGAUCUACAUCGUCGUGGAAUUUUGCAAGCUUGGAUGCAUCACGAAUUAUUUGAAGGCGAACAGGGGAACUUUUAUAGCUUGCUUUAAUCCUGUCUUAAAUGAAAAUUCAUCGGAUUGUCAACCACCAUGCUUGUCAGACUUGGUCAAGUGGUCACUGCAAACGGCGGCUGGAAUGGAAUACAUAUCUAAUAAAAAGAUUAUUCAUGGUGAUUUGGCUGGAAGAAAUGUCCUUUUGACUGGAGAGAAAGUCGCAAAAGUGGCAGAUUUCGGACUUUCCAGGCAACUUUACCACUAUUCGACAUAUAUUAAACAAAACGACGAGCCCCUUCCUUGGAGGUGGUUAAGUCCAGAAUCUCUUCGUGAUCUCUACUUCUCUCCAGUAAGUGAUGUCUGGAGCUUUGGUGUCACGAUGUGGGAAUAUUUCACCCUUGGGGAAGUGCCAUACUGUGGAUAUAACUAUUCUACUGAAUUCAUAAAGAAUUUGGACAGCUGCGCCUCUAUAAACCACCCUAUGCUAGUGAUGAAAUACCCGAAGAUUCGACCUUCCUUCACAGAGAUUAGACUUGAACUAGAGAGAAUCUUGAAUGAGUAUUAUUCCCCUUCGGAAAUGAGACCUUCAUCACUUACAGGAUAUGUUUGUUUUUGAUGAGUAAUAUUAUACCUAACUCAGAUAAUCUGUGUAGUUUACUAUCAUAUGCAAGUAUGGAUACCGUAUGGUGCUACAUAUUUUAAUACUGUAUUUCAAUGAGCGUAAAUAACUUAAGGUACAUGAUGCCAAAAAAUGAAACUUGCAUAAUUUAGCAUAAAUUUUUCAAUUUUUAUUUCGUUACUACAUAAUAUUUAUAAAAUAAAUAUGCACAUCUGUAUGUUCAACUUAA